CACUCUAAUAAAAACUGAACUACAAUUAUAGAAUGUUGGAACAGAAUGGGCACUUAAAGGUCAUUGAGUCCAACCCCCUCAUUUUUCUGAUGAAGACGGGGGGUCUAGACAUAGCCUGUGAUUUGCUUGAAGUCACAGAGCUUGGUAAUGGUUGAGCUAGAACUUAAACUAAGAUCUGCUGAACCCUGGGGCAGUGCUGCCUUCACUAUACCACAGAUGCUCUGCUUCCUGUUCUCAGUCUAACCUAACCAGAUCUUGCAGAAUAAAUAUAGCUGAUAUUAUUGGUUGUGGCUUACCGUCCAUGGCCAUUCAUCUAUUUGGUAGCUGAAUAUGAAAUAGCAAAGGUGUCUGACUUAGAAGUUGCUAUAAGAGAAAUGAAAUGAUUCCAUACUCCAACCCUGCCCCCAACUCUGAAAACUUCCUGCUUUAUGUUCAUCAAUAAUGAACGGCCCAUCCCUGCAAUACUCAGAGGGAGCUUACAUUGCACUUUUGAGCAGCCGAUUAGUAAUGUACAGUGGAUAGAGCCUUUCUUUCAAAUCCCAGGACAGUGGGUCCUUCAAGGCUAGCAUUGCAUUUUCAAUUAGCUGCUGAGUGAACGCUUGGCAUGUGUAUUAGUGAAGAGGCGCACAAUUAGCUUAUUGUUCCUUUCCGUAUUGUGCUGAGAGGAUCCAAGGGAUUGGUGGGAGAACAGGCAAGUGAGGCAUCAUUGUGGAUGUGGAAGAAGGGAGUUACUCAAACCUCGGCAUCUUCACUCACUCACUCUGGAAUUACAGCUAUUUAUUACAAAGCACUCUGUGUGGCUUGGUGGAGCGCGCCUGAGGAAACAUCCCAGGCACCACUUGGGGUUGUCUUUCUGAGCUCCUGUUGACUCUGACUAAUUCUCAUCAUUACCAUGGAGCCCAACAGUCCCAAAAAGAUACAAUUUUCUGUGCCUUUAUUCCAGAGCCAGAUUGCACCUGAAGCAGCAGAGCAGCUGGGCCUUUGUUGUUGUUCACAGAUCAGGAAAAGAAGACCUACACCAGCAUCACUUGUGAUUCUUAAUGAACAUAACCCCCCAGAAACAGAUGACAAGAGGGUAACCAACACACACGGGGAAUCACAGAACGCAUCCCCUAAGCAAAGGAAGCAGAGCGUGUACACACCACCUGCCAUGAAAGGGGUUAAGCAUUUGAAAGGCCAGAAUGAAUCAGCAUUCCCUGAAGAAGAAGAAGGUGCAAAUGAAAAAGAGGAGCAAAGGGACCAUUAA